AUAUCAUUGUUUGAUUAAUUGAUUGAAUAACUGUUGCAGUGUUGCAUGUCUCUGUCUCCCUAAUAUGAGUAUGGUUGAAUAAUUUUUUGAUUCUGUGAAGCUCUGUGAACUGAGGUCACUGAAGCUCUGUUGCAUGUCUCUGUCUCCCUAAUGAGUAUGGUUGAAUAAUUUUUUGAUUCUGUGAAGCUCUGUGAACUGAAGUCACUGAAGCUCUGUUGCAUGUCUCUGAUAUACUGAUAUAGUGAUACUGAAUUACUAAUAUGUGAGUUACUGAUAUUUUAUUGUUCAAAAUUUCAUUUUAAUGUUUUGUGAUUUUUUGUAAUUGCUCUGGUUACUGGCUCUGUUUCAUAAUGUACCAAUAUUAGUGUAAUUGCUGUUUUGUAAUUGCUGGUUGCUGGUUAAUCUUUGGUGAAAGGUUUAGUGUGAUUAGUGCUGAAUGGCGAAUGCUUGUGUUUGAAAUAAUAACCUGUAAUACAAAAAUAAUAGCCUGAAUUGCUGGUUAAUCUUUGGUUAAUGUACCAAUGUUUUAGUGUUUACUUGAUUAAGUUAGUUUGUGUUUGAAAUAAUAACCUGUAAUACAAAAAUUUAAGACAUAGCUUUUGAAAAUGGUUUUUCCCCUAAAAUUUAAGGUGAAAAAAAAAUGUUUUUAGGGUGUUCAAACUAAGCUAGUGUAUAUAUGAUUGUAGAUGAUCUCGUAAUAACUGUUGAAUCAAUUUGAUCAUACUCUCAGUGAAACCACUACUGAAGACCCUGCUUAUGCUGUGUUGACUUUUAGUUUAAAGGAGAUGGUAAUUUAUUGGUAGGGUUUGUCCAUUUUGGCCUUAAGCUUAAUUUGGUGCUGAAGUGAUGGCUUUCUUUGUGUUUGUCGUCUCCUUCGAUUUAUUACAGGUAUCAACGGAUAAAAUGAAAGGAAAAACCUGCUCCAUGGGAAAUUGCUCUAGUAAUUUUAUCUAAUCAUGUAUCUUGUAUUGAACCUAUUUUCUACCUUUAUGAAUUAUUUUCCACCAUUGUUAGAGCAAUGCAGGUAGUUUGGCUUCUGCUUUACAUCUUAAUUAGCAUGCUCAGUUAAGAAAAUAAUAAAGUACAUACAUAUAUUACUAUUUUGAGUUGAUGACAUUUUAUGUAGUGUUUUAAAUUUGGAAGAUAUUUUAAGAUUUAUAUUAAACUAUAAUUAUAUUUUAGGAUGUUUUUAUAAUUUAUUUAUUAUAUUAUUUUAAACGGUUUUUUUGGUUGAAUCACCAAUAAACCAGUGAACCAGUGAUUAGAGCGGUUUGAUGACCAGUUCGGUUCUCAGAACUUUGAUUUUUUCAUAGAUUCAGUCCUAGCGUUAUUAAUACCAAACAUUUCUUAUUUUCUAUUUUGGUUGAAGCUUGUAGUCUUAUGAGUUUUCCCAGGGUUGAAAUGUGAGAAUUUAUAUGUAAUCAGAUUUGAAUAGCAAACUGCUUGAGCAAAGACAGAAAGAAUUGCUGCAGUUAUUAUUUUUCAAUAUGAUCCUCAAAUUGUAGUCUAUUACUUAAAAUUAAUAGAUAUUGUUAUUUUAAUGGCGGCAUGUGUAUUUCUUUCUUCAGUUUCAAAUGUAAAAGACAACAUUGUUUUGGCAUCAAAGUGAAUUUGGAUGCGUCGGUGCAUCCAAAUGAACAAACUAUGUUUGUCACCACAUAAUGCAAACAUUCUAGCAGGAUACCUGACUUUUAUGGCGCACAGAGAAUUGAAGAUAAACAGUGAAAAUUUUUUUUUAAAUUAUUAUUAUUGUUAAGAAAAAUAAGGUGGGUGAGAUUUCGUAUCUCUCUAAUUUGAAGCAUAUAGUUUAACGGUGUGUUUACUUUUUAGGCUAAGAAAGUGAAGAAAGCUCUUCAGCCAGAGUGGCUUAAGUCUCUUCUGAAAAGGACUUUUUUUGAAUCUUCCUGUGCAACUCAUCCCCUGCUUAAGAAAGAGUUAAACCAAUACUGCAUAACCUGUACCGAUUCAAUUUGCCAAAAUUGUGCAUCUGGACCCAAACAGAACCCGCAAUACAUUCCCAAAUUGCAUAGAAACAGCGCAAUAUCUUCCUCUCCUAGCUUCGAAGAUUAGAGAGUCCCACACCCACUGCUCAAUUGGCAACAAGGUGACUACUGACUAACAGCUCGUUGCCAAGGUUCAUUUCUUGUGUUGCUGUGUUGAUCCCGUCCAUCGCUGCAAUUGCGAACAAUGAUGUGGAGGUCACCUCGCUUUUCUCAUCUUGUUGCUAGAUUCACUCAACUUCAUCCUAAGCAUGCCUCUCACCGUUACUACAACUUAUCCCGUUUCAACCCCUCACAAUCACAGGCUAUUUCUAAUCCCCCUUCCCAACAAAAACCUACACAUACAGAUGCACCAAAUCAUUAUAUUGGCCACAACGUUUCUAGGAAGGAUAAAAACAAGUAUCUUCUCUCUACUCUUCUUGAUCUGAACGACACUAAGGAAGCGAUUUACGGUGCUCUUGAUGCGUGGGUUGCAUGGGAGCAGAAUUUCCCUAUUGCCUCUUUGAAACUCAUAUUGAAUGCUCUUGAGAAGCAACAACAGUGGCAUAGGGUUGUUCAGGUGAUUAAAUGGAUGCUGAGCAAGGGGCAGGGGAACACAAUGGGAACAUAUGGUCAAUUGAUACGAGCUUUAGAUAUGGACCAUAGAGUGGAAGAAGCGCACAAAUUCUGGCAGACCAAAAUCGACACUGAUUUGCAUUCGGUUCCCUGGCAGUUGUGUCAUCUCAUGAUAUCUGUAUAUUACCGAAACAACAUGCUGGAUGAUCUUGUUCGGCUUUUCAAGGGAUUGGAAGCUUUUGAUCGUAAACCUCGAGAUAAAACCAUCAUUAAGAAAGUAGCAAAUGCAUACGAGAUGUUGGGCUUACACCAAGAGAAAGAGAGGGUACUGGAGAAAUAUAGCAAUCUCUUCACCGAAGAAGGAUCGAUUAAGAAAGCUAGGAGGAACUCAUCUGAGAAAAAAUUAAAAAGUGUUAAAUAUAGGGUUGACAAAAACACUGUACAUGUUUCACCGAAUUCAAGUCGUGAUUGAAGCAUUGCCAAAGCGAAUUACCAUCAAAGAAAACAUUUAUAGAAACAAAUCAGAGCAGAUGGCAAUACAGCUCAGCUUGAGACUUCUCAAUUGACUUGUCACAAUAUCAGUUCAAAUACUUAGAAAAAUCUCGUUGAGCUUCUAGAACCAAUUCAUCGUCAUCCCAUUCGUCACGGUAUGCCUCAGGUUGCAGCCUCUUGUUCUUAGAUGCAAUCCAGUUACCGUAUUCCCACUGUCAUUAUCAUAUAUAAUCCCAAACACACAAUAUAAGUUUUGCUGAUAUAUAUUCUUUCCGGUUCACAAUAUUUCCGUUUUGAUGUAUUUAAUCAUUAUCAUUAAAAUAGAAUUGGUUACGAGUCCAUUGAAUUAUAAAUGCAAUAGAAAAUAAAAAGAUAACUGUUACUAUGAAUUGGGGAAGAGAGUAUAUGAUUUUAGACAAGCUAAAAAAGAUUCAUUGCUUUUAAGUUUUAACUUUAGGAAGCAUCUGGUAAUUGGCCAUAUUAUGAGUGUAACGCUUAGGAGUGUCAGAAGCUUCAAGUAAAGAGUAGAAUGCUUCAGGAUGUUGAGUCAUUUCUUCUUUGGAAGGAAGUGCAAGGCGAUUUGAC